CGUAGUAUAUUUCAAAUCCAAAUAGAGAUGGGUCAAGUUCAUAUGGCCCGGCCCGGUGGUGGUAAUCCACCCACUUUUCUCAAAUCAUAUAGGAAACGUAUACCGCAAAUACCGAGGAGGUUUCCCGUUCCUCACGCCUCGUCGCGCGCCCGCCCUCGUCUCCGUCGUGCUUCGCCGUCCUCUAUCCUUCUUUGUCAUCUCCAGUCGCUAUCUUUUUCGAAGUAUUCGUUCGAGGGUGAAGAGCCUUUCAAGAAGGAAUGGCACUUACCAACUUUGUACUGACCGUGGUUGGAGUUAGUGCCGUCAUUCUGAUGAUGAGGACUGAUGUCAAGCAAUCUGCUGCCAUUUUCCGCCGCAAUGCCCGCCAAAUUCGCAACUGGCUUGAGGAAGAAUCUGUUUCUGUCACCAAGGAGAUGGAGAAAGCAAAACCCAAGGAGAUACCCAAGAAAGAUAUCCCCAAGGACGACAAGCAUUAACACACGCGAACUAAGCAAAUCUUUGUGUUCAACUUUUACAUUGUUCUUUGAGUAAAUUUUAUAAAUAAUGUUUUAUAGCAUGGGGUUUUCCAUAUAACAAACCCCAUAGAGUUAUAAUUGAGAACUAUAUAUGGAAAACCCAAUGAUAUAAAAGAUUAUUUAUUGAAUUUACUUUGGUUCUUUUUUGAAAAGAUUUAGGCUUGUUUGGUUUGUUUAGAUUUGACUUUGGAGAUCACAUACUUGCAUGCUUGUUUGUCCAAAAAAAGACUCCUUAGUCCUUUUUGCAUUUCCAACUCCCUCCGAUUUGGCUACGGCUAUCUCAACUGGGUUGUUGUUGUUGCAUCUCAUCUUAUAAAAUGGACCUACUCAUCUUUGUCACCAAACACCCGUUUGCCAGCUGUCAAUUGUCAC